CUCUUCUUGCCCUUUUAUUAAUCCGGAUGUUCAAGAGUAAUUACAUCAUAUAUAGCAGCAUUCGCAAUGCACUAAUAAAUUUGUGCGCUUCUCUUACUUUGUAAACAUGGGGUGUGAAUAAAAAUUGAGUCUUUGUGCUUAGCCGAAUAAACUUGUUUGAUUGGGGAUUUUGGUGAAACGGAUAUUCUGGAUUAUAGAGUUUUUCUCUUUUUUUUGUUAAAUUUUUUUAUCAAGUUACUAGGUUUAGAAAUUUGGGGAAUUAAACUUUUUCCAGUCUCAUUUGGAUUUUAUUUGGUUUACGUCAAGUUUAAAGUGAUUGGCACUUGGAUUUAGCUACAGCUGAAAAACAUAAUCAUGCUAUUCAAUUGUCAAUACUAGACUGGAGCUCUGUUCAAUGAGAAUAUGUUCUAAAUUGAUUCGUCAAGUAAUCAAAUCUAACGCGAGCAAGAUUUCUUGCUCCUUUUAAUUAUUUAAGCUCAGGCUCAGCUUGACAAGGAUAACACUUGAGAAUUUGCAUAUAGAAGAACCAAGCAAAGCUUUUCUGCAAAAUUAUGCUCAUGAAAAAUUAAUCCAAGCUUUAACAUUGUGUCCAACUGAUUAGGCUCAUGAACACCCUAGAGUUACUAGCACAUUAAUUUGCUUGUCAGUUUCAAAUGUCAAAGCAGUUUCUUUUUUGUUAACCACUUCGGUAACAAAUUCUUUCUCGCUUUGCCUGUUUGGCUAGCAGAUUAUUGUUGAGUGCUAGGUUUAAUAAGAUAAUUUAUGUUAUGACCUGCCAAGUUACAGCCACACUCAGUUACUGAUCAAUCUGGAAACUGGACAGCAGUGCUCAACCAGGAAGAAAUGAGCGCUUUCAAGGCUUUUAAAGCUUGCGUGCCGAUUGAAUGGAGUGAUAAGCUCUACAUAACCCUUGUUAGGGGUAUCCCUGGAACCAGGGAGCUCCAUAGGCGGACAUUAGAGGCGCUGCGCCUUCGCAAAUGCAACCGCACAGUUGUGCGAAAAAAUACUCCUACAGUUCGUGGAAUGCUUCAGCAGGUAAAACGAUUGGUUGCAAUUGAGACAAAGGAAAUGCACGAGGCUCGGAAACGAGAGGCUAAUCACAGAGCUCUGCGACCACCGUUGGUUAUUAGUCAUCAUCCAGCCCCAAAGACUGAAUCCUUUCAGUUAUCUUAGAGAUUCUUCGAGAUACAUAGCAUAGUACUGAUUGUGAUUCAGAUCUUUGAAGAACAGAAGUUUCAUUAGUGGCCGAACUUGUGUUAAAGCUUGUAAUCUCCUGGCGGAUGAAUAAAAUUUGAAGUGUUGCAAAUUUAGUUCAGACUGCAGAGACAUAGGCAGUUAAUGCUUUUUUCAUGAGAGGUUUUUUCUUUUGGAAUGAGAUCAUAGAUUAGUGGACUAAA